AUGUCUAGUCCACACGUCCUUCUGACAGGAGCUAAUGGCUUCGUUGCAUCCCAUAUUCUGUCCAUCCUCAUUGAUAGAAAGUACAAUGUCACUGCUACAGUACGGUCCCCGGCCAAAGCAGCGGACAUAAUCCGUGCGCAUCCCGACUGGGAAGGCAAAAUUGAAUUUGCUAUCAUCGCAGACUUUACCACCCCGAAGCCGUUUGAUGUUCUGUUCCAGAAUACAAAGGUUCCAUUCGACUACGUUAUCCACACGGCAUCACCAGUCAGUUUCCAGGUCACAGAUAUCCAGAAGGAUAUGAUCGAGCCGGCAGAGCUAGGAACCCUGGAAAUUAUGAGAUCUGCGCAGCACCAUGGCGGAAGCCAGUUGAAACGGUUUGUCUUGCUCAGUAGUGCGGUCACUGUACUCAACUCCUUCGAGGAUAUGACCAAGGAAGGAAAGCCAUAUACCGAAAAGGACUGGAAUCCAGUCACCGCCGAGCAAGCCAUUGAGGCAAAAGACCCUGUCCUCGGAUACAAUGUGUCCAAGGUGCGAUCUGAAGCAGCAGCAUGGGAAUUCAUGAAAUCGAAUAGCACAUCCUUCGACCUAGUUGUCAUCAACCCUGACAUUAUUACGGGACCUAUGAUCCACCCAAUCUCAGGGCCCAAAUCUAUCAAUGAAACGAACCAAGUCGCGGUUGCAAACUUCAUUAAUGAAACCUAUAAACAGGUUGAAGGGGUUACAUUCCCUUUCUACCAUUUUGUGGACGUCCGUGACGUAGCCCGCAGCCAUGUCGACGCGCUCACCAACUCCGCUGCCUCAAACCAGCGCAUCCUUCUCAUUGCAGACCUCUUCUCGCCACAGAUGAUCGCAAAUGCGAUUCGGAAAAAUUUCCCUGCUCUUCAGAGUCGAGUGCCUGAGGGAACCCCUUCACAGCUAUUGCCAUCCGGUAUCCAUCCAACUGGUUGGGAUAUGGCCGUGAGUCUCGAUAUCUUGGCCAAGGGUACAGCCGAGGGUGAAUGGAAAUACAGGGAUUUGGAAACCAGUAUUGUUGAUACCGUGCAGUCGAUGAUCGAUCAAAACGUCGUCUAA